GCAUGUGGCGGACGCGGAACAGCUCGGACCUCGCCUGCUGGCCGCACGGAGCCGCUCGCCUUGAAGCUCCCCGCGUGCUCUGCACCACGGGCCCUGGCUCCGGCUGGAGGACGCCGAGGAGGGAGAAGGCCGAGGGGACUGACUCACGCCUACGAGUCCGGCGCGCGGCCAGGAGCACCUCUUGCAGCCGUCGCGGGACCACCCCCAUGACGGACCACCUCUGAGGGGACAGUUCCUGGGCGGUUGCUGUGGAGAGUGAUGAAGCACUUGUUAGACUGUGAGACGAGUUUGGCGGCGGACAACUAGGCAAAGUUGGUGCAAGCCGCCCGCGCUUCCCCUGGCUCGUGCCUUUCGCCCCGUGAGGGAGGCCUCUUUCGCUUCCGGGCGCGCGGCAGGCUCGGGGUCCAGCGAGGUUCCGAGGGGCGCGUAGGGGCAGCAUGUUUCCGCGGAGGCCGCCGGCCACCCUGGCCGCCUGGCUGGCGGGCGCCGUGGGGGCGCGGGGUGGGGGCCUGCUGGCCCUGCUGGCCAAUCAAUGCCGCUUCGUGACGGGCCUGCGCGUGCGGCGCGCGCAGCAGAUCGCGCUGCUCUACGGCCGCCUCUACUCCGAAAGCUCCCGCCGAGUCCUGCUCGGCCGCCUCUGGCGCCGGCUGCGUGGCCGACCUGGCCACGCCACCGCGUUGAUGGCGGCGCUCGCAGGUGUCUUCGUGUGGGACGAGGAGAGGAUCCAAGAGGAGGAGUUGCAGAGAUCCAUUGAUGAGAUGAAACGGUUGGAAGAAAUGUCAUGUAUGUUUCAGAACUCUGGAGUUAGACGGCAACUUCCAGAACCAAAUCCCCAAACAGAAGGGAAUGAAGAUUCAGGGGACAGAGAACAACCAUGGGAAAUGGUGAUGGAUAAGAAACACUUUAAGCUGUGGCGGCGCCCAAUUAUAGGCACACACCUUUACCAGUACAGAGUUUUUGGAACCUACACAGAUGUGACUCCCCGGCAAUUCUUCAAUGUUCAGCUGGAUACAGAGUAUAGAAAAAAGUGGGAUGCCCUGGUAAUCAAGCUGGAAGUAAUUGAGAGGGAUGUGGUUAGUGGUUCUGAGGUUCUUCACUGGGUAACCCAUUUUCCUUAUCCAAUGUAUUCACGGGAUUAUGUUUAUGUUCGGCGGUAUAGUGUGGAUCAAGAAAACAACGUGAUGGUGUUGGUGUCACGUGCUGUGGAACACCCAAGUGUGCCAGAGUCUCCGGAAUUCGUAAGGGUCAGAUCAUAUGAAUCCCAAAUGGUUAUUCGUCCCCACAAAUCAUUUGAUGAGAAUGGCUUUGACUAUUUGUUGACAUACAGUGAUAAUCCCCAGACUGUGUUUCCUCGAUACUGUGUUAGUUGGAUGGUUUCCAGUGGUAUGCCAGAUUUCCUGGAGAAGCUGCACAUGGCCACUCUGAAAGCCAAGAACAUGGAGAUCAAAGUAAAGGACUAUAUUUCGGCUAAACCUCUAGAUAUGGGCAGUGAAGCCAAGACCACCUCUUCAUCAUCUGAGCGGAAGAAUGAGGGUAGUUGUGGCCCUGCCCGCAUCGAGUAUGCUUGAAGGGCUUUGGGAUAAGAAGAGACAGGCUUCUUGUGGUCCUGCCCUGGUCACUGAUCACUCUGCUACAGAAUGGGGACAUUUGUGUGCUAUAACUACAGGUGCAAGAUAAUUCAAUAACUGGUGUCCAGUGUCAUUCAGAGCCCUUAAUUGCUCUUUAUCGAAACAGAGAGAAGGAGGUGUCCUUGGAGACUUUGUCAUAGUAGGCCAAGCAUUUUGAAUUUCAGUAUUUCAUGGGCUAAUCUGGAACAAGCCUUUCACUUCAGGCUAGACGGGGCUGACUGCUGUUUGGUUUUCCUGAGUUUCCUCUGCCAACAUUCCAGUUCCCACCACUGGUCCUGUUGCAGUUUUGGAUGUCCCUCAGCUCUGAAGGUCCAACUGGGAAGUGCAUUUGGCCGGUUGAGUCUUUCAGUGAGGGAUCAUGGGAAUGCUCUUGGUAACUGUUCUAGUGUUGAAUGGGUGCGAACUGUUGCUUGGCAGUACAAGUGCCUUGUCUUCAAUUUGUUUCUCUCUUUUGGGAUAUAAAGAUUGUACCAAGAAGGUUCUUCUUUCAGCCUCUUUCUACCACCCCUUUGACUUAUCUUGCCCAAACAGUUUCCUUUGAUUUGGCCAUUUUCUGUAUUUAUGCACUGUAUUCAUUUGGAUCACUGCCUCCGUCUAGGCCUUAGUAUGCUUACCAAGAACACUAGGAAAUGAAGUCUUUUUAGACAAUAAUUUUCUGUAUCAUCAGUGUUUUAAUAGGGUUGAUGGAGAUACUCAAAAUGCCACAUUUAAAUUUAGUUCAAUUUGUGUGUGUGUUUUAAUCUCUGUUUCAAAAAAGUAGGAAUUGGGGGAGCUGACUGAGAUGUUUCCAUAGUCACACUGCAUAGAAAACACUAUUUUGAGUCAGGCAUGAUUUUUCACACUUCAGGUUUGACUGGAUGCUGAGGACUUAUCCAUCUUGGAAGGCAGAGGGAUGGGGGUUGGGCCGCUCGCUUGGAACUCUCAGAGCUGCAGAAAAGCUCUGUGAAUGAAUAGAUGAAAUCUUGCCCCACAUACUAACAUAUUGGGGUUGUGGUUUAUAUCUCUUAUUUACCUGAACUUUCCCCCUCCUUUCUUCAAAGCUAGAGUAAAAGCCUCCUUACUGAUGGAAGUCACAGUCAGAUGGUAUUGGUUUGGGCUGGUUGGUUUGACUUAUGAUUAUGCUCCAAUCUGUCAGGGGAACAGGGAUCAAAUUUUAAAUCCUCCUCUCUUCUUUUUUCUCAGAGCUUAAAUGACCAGAUUUUCCCUUUUUUCUCUGCUAGCUUCCCUUUUGUGUUAUUGAGAAAGGGAUCUAAAUCUGAGACUGAUUUAAACCCUUGCUGAUGCCUGUUAAAUUUUGUGCCAAGGAAAUAACAGUUCCAGUGUUUCAUGUCUUUUCUUUGAAUGGUUAGCAGGGCAGAGAUGCUUUGAGCUGUUCCAGCUUCUUUUCAUUGAUUAUUUCUCUCUUCUCAUCCCCAGAACCUGACAGAAGGCAGGGAAGAGUCCUUGUGUUAUAUGUUGGUGCAUGGAAGGGUGUGAUUGUGUGAGUGUGUGUGUGUGUGUGUGUGUGUGUGUGUGUGUGUGUGUGUGUAGGUAUUAAGGAACUGUGUGUUGCUUUUUUGAUUUUAUGCAAUUUUGACUGCACUUGGGGCCUGUCUGUAUAGUUACUUAUGUCAUUGUAAUGAUUUCACUCCUCUAACUGUGACAUUUUUAUCGAAUGUGUGAAUAAAUACAUAAAGAUUGGUACAAAAGUGUUUGUCUUUUGACAAGGUGGUGGGAGCAAGAGCUUAUUGAAGUUAUUCUUGAUUUUAAAGUUGAGGAGAAAGAGUGUUUCUUCUAAUAAAGGUGGCAUGUGGAAGUAGUGGGACUUGUUCUUUCUUGAUAGUGGUUUACUACCUUUUGAGCCCUUCUCAGGUGAUCACUUUGGCAACUG